AGCGCGCAAUGCAACAAAUGUGUUAGACAUGUUAAACAUGUAAGAGUGAGCAUAUCGCCUUUGAGUGCUGUGGUCCAAAUGCGACGUGAUAUAUGUCCGUGUUAUUGAAAGACAGGCCAUAGGCUCUGUCAACAAUGCUGAAGUGGUUUUCGGCAGAUGAGGGCGGCUCUGCCCAUGGAGCCCCUGGCUCUCCGCAGGUGGAUGCGGGCGUCAAUGCCCCAACGCUAUCUGAGGUCACUGAGCGGCUAGCACAGAUGGAGGAACUGGUGACUCAGUUAAAAGAGCUGAUCAGGGAGAAAGAUGCAGCACUCUGCAGCAAAGAUGAACGACUUAAGGUGGAGAGGGAUUCAUAUGAAUCGAAGCUUUCCAAGAUACGACUGCAAAACAAAGCAAAAGUCACCUCACUCAACUCCCAACUUGAGGAAUUACGGAAAAAUCAAGAGCGCAAAGAGCAGGGCAGUCCUGCCCGAACCAAACAGAGUGGCACUGGAGAAGCUGGUGAUUCAGAAUCUGCUGCUGCCAACCGUGGGAAAAUUCUCCGGCUUAGAAAGAAGGUGGAGGAUCUAGAGCAGCAGGUUGCUCAGAGAGACCAAGAACUGAAGCAAAAGAUCCAGGAGCUGGAGGCCCAGAGAGAGCGAGGUUCUGCUGUGGAUGCCAUGUUGGCUGACAGAGCCAAACUUCUUACUGAGAAGGAAGCCUACAUUGUGCACCUGCAGACUGCUUUAUCUGGGGAACAACCAGUUCCACAACAAAGCAAUGAAGGGUCUGUGAAUGAGCUGAAUUUAAUGGUGCAGAGCCUAACAAAGAAAGUUGGUGAUGGGGAGGAAAGGUGCAGCCUACUCCAGGAGCAGGUGGACAGCUUCCGGGAGCUCCUAAUGUCUAAGAAAACCCAGUUUGAGGAAAAGGAGAACAUGUACAAGUCCAACAUCCAAACAUUCAAAGAUAUCAUUUUACAAAAAGACAACACACUAAUGGAGAUCAGGCAGACACAUGAACAGGAGCUAUUCAAGCUUGUAGCAAAGUCAGACGCUAGCGCUGACCUCGAGCAGCUCCUGACUGCUCUCAAACAGAAACUCCAUGAGAAGGAGGAAGUUCUUCUGGGUAAAACACAAGUGAUUGAUGUCCUGCAGGUGGAGGUGGAUGGUAGAGACCAGCAGAUAAAGGAGUUAACAGAGCAAAUGCAACACUUGCAGAGAGAGAGAGAGAACCUUCAGUCAAAGCUGGAGGCAGAGCGGCACAUUGCUCGGGCUCGGCUUAGAGAUCUGAUGGAGAAACAUGAGGCUGAGCUGCACAGGGCUGCUGAGAAACACAACAGUGAGAUGUCAGAGAAAGAGCAGGCGCUGCGCAUACAGCUGGAGACCCUGCAGCGAUCAACUGCUGUACCCUCAGAUGUACCUGCAAACCCGCCCACCUGCAUCACAGCUCAAAGAAUCACAGAGCUGGAAGCCCAUGCAAAACUGAAAGCAGACGAGGCCAGUAAAGCAGAAGCUAAGUUCUUAAAGAUGAAAGCAUGGUCCAAGGCUCGUAUCAGGCAGCUCGAGGAGGAGUUUAGGAAAGUUCAGUCUGGGAUUUGUACCAAUAUGUCCCCUGACGUCAUGUCCCUACGCAGUCGUGUUACAGAACUGGAAGAGGAGCGAGAAGAAAUGUUUUGCAAACUGGAACUGUAUGAAGAGAUGAAGGCUAAAAAUGAUGAACUGCAAAAACAGCUUGUGGAGUAUGAGGAGCAGCAGAGGAAGAUGCAGGCCGACCUGGAGCAGGUGACCAAGAGAGCAGCAUCCCAGGCGAGUGAGACCGGCAGCAUGGAUGAUUUUCAGAAUCAGGUGAUGGAGUGGCAGGAGAUGGUUACCAUGGUGAUGGAGUCAGAGGGGGUUCGGGAUCAGGGUCACGAGAAGCAUGCCAUGUCCUUCAGAAUGAGCCAAAUCGAAGAGGAGAGAGAGGGACUGAUUGAGGAUGACUGGUUGUUUCCUGGCUGCUCCGAUCCAGCAUUAGCCAAACGGCAACAGGACGUAGAGGAGGAGUUGGCCCAGGCCCAUGGUCUCCACCCACAGAAAAGCAGGAAGCACAAACAUUUCACCCCACGCAGCUUGCAGGAAGACUUGGAGUUUGAUAACAGGCAGUCUUUCCCAGACCCCAAAGAUCCCACUGGUUGUGAUGUUUUCAUGGAUGGAGAGAAUAUGGGUGGAUGGUGGCCAAAGCACGGUGCUGCAGAUACAGAUGGCUUACGAUCGGUUGUCGAGGAGCUUGAACUAGAGAGAAACCAACUGCAGGAGCAGAUUUUGGGACUUGAGGAGCGAUGCCAAGAUCUAGAGGACCGACUGCAACUUCAGGCUCGUAUUGAAUUGCUACAGAACGAGUUGGAGCGCCUGCAGGUGCAGGUCACCAGCCUUCGCAGUCAGCAGGUCAAAGAUGCAGAAAAGCACCAGCUGCUCGUCACCAGUCUGAACGAACAACUUAAAGGACUGAACAGCACACAGGAGUGUUUGGAGUCUUCCCUCAUUGAAAAGGAGCACACUCUCGCCAAAACCUCUGAGAAACUGGAGUGUAUUGACACUCUGAGAGAGGCUUUACGGUCAAAAGAAAAACAACACAAAGACACAGCUGAAAAACUGCUGCAAACGGAACACAAUCUGGCUGACGUUAUGAAGAAAUGCAGCAUAUUUGAAAAGGAAAACUCCCAGAUGAAAGCAACAGUUGCAGAAUUGACACAGAAAAUCAGUGUGCAAAAAGACAAGAUGCAGAAACAAGAGGCGACUAUAGAAUCAUUGCAGAGUGAUCUGGUUCAAACAAAUGAUGAGCUUGACAGACUGAACAUAGCUCAUCUAGAAGAAAGAGCACAGCUCAUUCAUGACAUGCAAAGCUGUGAGCGCAGAAUUGACAGCCUUAAAGAUAUCAUCACUGACAAGGACAAAGAAAUAUUAGCUCUGUCAUCUAGCACAACUGAAUAUUCAGAGCAAAUUCACGAACUAAAACAGCAAAUAAAGCUCAAAGAGGCUGCACUUGCUAAUGUUGAACCGGAAGUUCAAACCAUUCGAGACCCACAGCAUUCUGACCAACAGUCCUUUAAUACCCUUAUAGCUGAGCUGAUGGAACAAUUGAAGAAAACAGAAAGUGAUCUAAAUGUGGCUAAAAUAGAAGGGGAAUCAAAGAGUAAUGAUAUUAUAGGCUUGAUGAAGCAAAUAGAAGAGGACAAGAAAACAAUUCAAGAUCUCAGAAUGGAUGUACAGAAGCUGAAUAUGAAUCAGAAAGACCAGCUGUUUGAUUCAGAACUAAUGCUUGAAAAAGAACUGAAAUCCCUCAAGGAGGAACGUAAUAAGCUUCUUGCUGAAGUGACCAAACAUGAAAGUGAGCUACAGACCCUUUCUAGAGAGCUUGAGGAGAAGUUUGCAUGUCAAGAACCACUCAAGCAAGAUGUCCAAGAAAAGUCAAAGAUGAUAUUCUCAUUGGAGCAGAGGCUACAAAUUGUACAAGAGGAGGCAGAAGGAGAGAGGACUAGAUAUAGCACAGAAAUCAAGACUAGAGAUGAAACCAAUGAACAGCUGGUAAAAGAAUUGUCUGGUACAAAUGAGAAUAUUACUAAGAUGAAAGACCACAUUGAAUCUUUGCAGAAUGACAACCAGAAACUUAAAGACUCACUUGAGGAGAAUUUUGAUGAGCUUGAAAAACAAAAGCAGCUCUUGGAUAAUGUCAAGAAAGAAAUGCAUGCUGUGCAAGAUCAGAAUUCCAGCCUGCUAUUACAAGUCAAAAGUCUCACGGAUGAAAAUUGUCAAUUAAAGCAGAUAAUUGAGACUGGGAGCCAAUCUUUUGAAGAAAAGAACAUUUUAUUAAACAAAAUAUCAGAGCUUGAAUUGGAGCUUUUAGGAAGUAAGAAAACGGUUGAAGACUUGUGUAAAGAAAAGGAAGACUUAACACUCAGAGGAGCUGAAUUGAAGAAAGAACUUGAGCAAAGUAAACAGUCAAUGUCUGAAAUGUUGUUAGAGAAGUCAAAUGAAUGCAGCCAGCAUAGUGCAUUGCUCAGAGAGAGUGGAGAAAUGAUUUCAUCUUUACAAGUUCAAGUGGAGUCUUUAAACAAUCAGGUCAACCAGUCAAACUCCUGCAUGUCUGAGAAUGAAAGAACUAUAGCUGAGAAAAAUGAAUUAAUUGAAUCCCAGAAAUGCCAACUUCUUCAACUCCAAGAGGCUUUAUCUCGAUUUCAGGAACAGGAAGCUACUUUGAAAUCUGAACUAGUAGAGAAAGAUGGCACAAUGAAAUCCCUCAAGGAGGAAUGUAAUCAGCUUACUACUGCAGUCACCAAACAAAAAAGUGAGAUUCAUAAUAUUUCUAAAGAGUUUGAGGAGCAGGUUGCAAGUCAAGAACAGCUCAAACAAGAUGUCCAAGAAAAGUCAAAGAAGAUACUCUCAUUGGAGCAGAAGCUGAAGAUUGUACAAGAGGAGGCAGAAGGAGAGAGGACUAGAUAUAGCACAGAAAUCAUGACUAGAGAUGAAGCCAUGGAAAAGCUUGAGAAAGAAUUGUCUGUUAAAAAUGGGAGUAUAAUUAAGAUGAAAGCCCACUUUAAAUCUUUGAAGAAUGACAAGCAGAAACUUAAAGAAUCACUUGAGGAGAAUUUUGAAGAGCUUGAAAAACAAAAGCAGCUCUUGGAUAAUGUCAAGAAAGAAAUGCAUGCUGUGCAAGAUCAGAAUUCCAGCCUGCUAUUACAAGUCAAAAGUCUCACGGAUGAAAAUUGUCAAUUAAAGCAGAUAGUUGAGACUGGUAGCCAAUCUCUCUCUGAGGUUUUGGAAGAAAAGAACAUUUUAUUAGACAAAAUAUCAGAGGCUGAAUUGGAGCUUUUAGGAAGUAAGAAAACGGUUGAAGACUUGUGUAAAGAAAAGGAAGACUUAACACUCAGAGGAGCUGAAUUGAAGAAAGAACUUGAGCAAAGUAAACAGUCAAUGUCUGAAAUGUUGUUAGAGAAGUCAAAUGAAUGCAGCCAGCAUAGUGCAUUGCUCAGAGAGAGUGGAGAAAUGAUUUCAUCUUUACAAGUUCAAGUGGAGUCUUUAAACAAUCAGGUCGACCAGUCAAACUCCUGCAUGUCUGAGAAAGAAAGAACUUUAGAUGAGAAAAAUGCAUUAAUUGAGUCCCAGAAAUGCCAACUUAUUCAACUCCAAAUGGCUUUAACUCGAUUUCAGGAACAGGAAGCUACUUUGAAAUCUGAACUAGUAGAGAAAGAUGGCACAAUGAAAUCCCUCAAGGAGGAAUGUAAUCAGCUUACUACUGCAGUCACCAAACAAAAAAGUGAGAUUCAUAAUAUUUCUAAAGAGUUUGAGGAGCAGGUUGCAAGUCAAGAACAGCUCAAACAAGAUGCCCAAGAAAAGUCAAAGAAGAUACUCUCAUUGGAGCAGAAGCUGAAGAUUGUACAAGAGAAGGCAGAAGGAGAGAGGUCUAGAUAUAGCACAGAAAUCAUGACUAGAGAUGAAGCCAUGGAAAAGCUUGAGAAAGAAUUGUCAGGUAAAAAUGAGAGUAUUAGUAAGAUGAAAGCCCACUUUAAAUCUUUGAAGAAUGAUAACCAGAAAUGUAAAGACUCACUUGAGGAGAAUUUUGAAGAGCUUGAAAAACAAAAGCAGCUCUUGGAUAAUGUCAAGAAAGAAAUGCAUGCUGUGCAAGAUCAGAAUUCCAGCCUGCUAUUACAAGUCAAAUGUCUCACAGAUGAAAAUUAUCAAUUAAAGCAGAUAAUUGAGACUGGUAGCCAAUCUCUCCAUGAGGUUUUAGAAGAAAAGAACAUUUUAUUAGACAAAAUAUCAGAGGUUGAAUUGGAGCUUUUAGGAAGUAAGAAAACAGUUGAAGAAUUGCAGAAGGAAAAGGAAGACUUAACACUCAGAGGAGCUGAAUUGAAGAAAGAACUUGAGCAAAGUAAACAGUCAAUGUCUGAAAUGUUGUUAGAGAAGUCAAAUGAAUGCAGCCAGCAUAGUGCAUUGCUCAAAGAGAGUGGAGAAAUGAUUUCAUCUUUACAAGUUCAAGUUGAGUCUUUAAACAAUCAGGUCGACCAGUCAAACUCUUGCAUGGCUGAGAAUGAAAGAACUAUAGCUGAGAAAAAUGCAUUAAUUGAGUCCCAGAAAUGCCAACUUCUUCAACUCCAAGAGGCUUUAACUCGAUUUCAGGAACAGGAAGCUACUUUGAAAUCUGAACUAGUAGAGAAAGAUGGCACAAUGAACUCCCUCAAGGAGGAAUGUAAUCAGCUUACUACUGCAGUCACCAAACAAAAAAGUGAGAUUCAUAAUAUUUCUAAAGAGUUUGAGGAGCAGGUUGCAAGUCAAGAACAGCUCAAACAAGAUGUCCAAGAAAAGUCAAAGAAGAUACUCUCAUUGGAGCAGAAGCUGAAGAUUGUACAAGAGGAGGCUGAAGGAGAGAGGUCUAGAUAUAGCACAGAAAUCAAGACUAGAGAUGAAGCCAUGGAAAAGCUUGAGAAAGAAUUGUCUGUUAAAAAUGGGAGUAUAAUUAAGAUAAAAGCCCACUUUAAAUCUUUGAAGAAUGACAACCAGAAACUUAAAGAAUCACUUGAGGAGAAUUUGGGAGAGUUUGUAAGACAAAAGCAGCUCCUGGAUAAUGCCAAGGAAGACAUGCUUGCUGUGCAAGAUCAGAGUUCCUGCUUGCUAUUACAAGUCAAAAGUCUCACAGAGGACAAUUGUCGAUUAAAGCAGAUAAUUGAGAAUGGAAGCCAAUCUCUCUCUGAUGUUUCAGAAGAAAAGACAAUUUUGCUAGCUAAAAUAUCUGAGGUUGAAUUGCAGCUUUUAGAAAGUGUCAAAACAAUUGAAGGCUUGUGUAAAGAAAAGGAAGACUUAACACUCAGAGGAGCUGAAUUGAAGAAAGAACUUGAGCAAAACAAACAGUCAAUGUCUGAAAUGUUGUUAGAGAAGUCAAAUGAAUGCAGCCAGCAUAGUGCAUUGCUCAGAGAGAGUGGAGAAAUGAUUUCAUCUUUACAAGUUCAAGUGGAGUCUUUAAACAAUCAGGUCAACCAAUCAAACUCCUGCAUGGUUGAGAAAGACAAUACUAUUGGGGAGAAAAAUGCAUUGAUUGAUUCCCAGAAAUGCCAAAUUCUGCAACUCCAAGAGACUAUGACUCAACUUAAUGAACUGGAAGCUACUUUGAAAUCUGAAUUAAUGGAGAAAGAUGGCAUAAUGCAAGUUCAAUCUGCGCAGUGCACCUCUUUACAAAGUGAGCUUCAACAACAAAGACAGUAUUUAUCUAAAGUUCAAAGUGAGUUUGAUUCUCUGAAAAAUGAAUGUACACAAUUGACUGGCAGUCUCCAAAAAAGCGAAGACAGGACUCGUGAAUGCCAAACACACACAGAUGAGCUCAGAGAAAGAAGCGAGUCUGUGGCACUACUGAGUGAGCAGUUGGCUGCAGUGAACAAGAUCAAUGUGAGGCUGGAGUCUGAAAUCAUGGCUAUGAAGACAGCUCAUGACAUUUUGUUUUCUGAUAAAAACAAACUCGAAGAGGAAUUGUCUCAGAUUCAAGCUGGUGCCGUUAGAUUCCAUGACCACGUUCAUUUGAAUAGUCAAAAUCAACAAUUACAAGCAAUGUUUGAAGGAAAAGAAAAAGAAGUGCUUUUACUGACCCAGGUUGUGUCUGAAACAAAUAACAAGCUAGCAAUAACCACCAAAGAGAAUGAAAACCUUGCUUCACAAGUCGUCAGUCUCUGUGAGCAGAAUAAGAACCUUCAGGAACAAACGUCCGACCAGACAAAGUCACUCACAGAAAUGACAAAGGAGACAAACACUUUGCAAAACAAAAUUUCAAUUCUUGAGACACAAGAUGUGGAAAACAGUAAAAUCAUUGAAGACCUAUUUAAACACAUGGAAGGUUUGCUUUUGCAGGCAGAGGAACUCAAAGUUUUCAAGCAGAAGCAGCAGUCUGGAGCCGAGAGCUUACAGGAAAUGUCUUCAGAAUGUGCAGCCCUCUCAAAGCGUCUUGGGGAGGCCGAAGAGGAAGUAGCUCUUCUAAAAGGGGAGCUUGAGUCCUCCAGUUCACAGAUCAUUCACUAUAGCCAUGUUGUUCUUGAAAAAGACAAAAUCUUAAACAACCAAAGUACACAAAUGGAGGCUUAUCAGCACCAACUUGAACAUCUUCAUAAGACUCUUUCAAUACUCCAGGAACAAGCCAAUGCUCAUAAUUCAGGCUUGAUAGAAAAAGAUGUACUGCUACAGAAAGAAUCUAGUUCAUGCAGUUUGUUACAAAAGGAACUUGGUCAUGAAAGAGAACUUGUAUUAAAUCUGCAACAUGAGAUAGAGUCUUUGAAAGUGGAGUGUUCUAGAUUGAAUCAAUCUUUGGAAGCACAACACAGCUCUUUAAGAGAGAAAACCCUUGAGAGCCACAAUCACAAAGAGGAACUGGUCAAAAGAAAUGAGUAUGUUCUUUCACUAACUGCUCAGCUUGGUAUAAUGAAUGAAAAUAACGUGAAGCUUAAAUCCGAAAAUGCUAAUUUAAAAUGCGCUUUAGAGCGGCACUCAAAAGAAAGUGCAAGACUUAAGGAGGAAUUGAGACAGAAACAAUUAGAGCUAGUAGAACAUCAGGAUAUUACAGAGCAAAACAAUACAAUUAAAUCUGAACUAAAGAGUUCAAUGGCAGAAUUGUUUGGACAGCAGGAGAUGAUCGCUACUCUACAAAGUGAAUUGGCAACAAGAAAUGAAAAACUUGCAUCUUUGAAAGAACAGAUAGAAACAGAGCACUCUGGAAAUGAUGUUUUACAGCUCACGCUGCAGGAGAAAGAGGCAGCUCUCAGGGCUCAGGAGAUGCAUGUCAAUAAGUUGCAAGACAAACUAUUGGAAAGUGAAGGCCAAAUUAGACAGAAAAUAAAAGUGAUUUCUGAACUACAGGAAGCAGCUCAGAGUUUUCAGACAGCUUUGCAAGACAAAGAUGUUUUGCUGUUAAAUAAAGAACAAGAGUUCUCUCUGGUAAAGACAGAAUUAAUGGCUGAAUCAGAGGCAUGUAAAGCCCAACUGAAAUUAGAGAUGGACACAGUUGCUACACUUCAGGGUGAUUUACAGAACUUACUUGAAAAGAAUAAGCAUCUCAUGAGUGUGGUUGAUGAAAAGGAUUUUUUAAUGAGGCAGGAGCAAGAGAAGUAUCUGUGCUUACAAGGUAGUGCAGCAGAACUGGAAAACACAAAAUCACAACUAAACGGUCAAAUAAAGAAACUAACAUUAGAGGCAACACAACUCAGGGAAACACAAACUGAGAAGGAACAAGUUGUUUUUGCUGCUCAAUCACAAAUGCAGAAACUGGAUGAGCUAUACAAGAAGCUUCAAGAAGAAUAUAAUUUGACCAAACAAGAGCUUUAUAAAGUUAUCAAUGAAAAAUCAUUAAAGGAAGAGGAGGUCUGUAAAUUGGCCCUGGAAAAAGAAGAAAUUAGCAGAAACUCCAGUCUUCAGAUUCAGAGAAUUCAGGAACAAGUACAACAUAACCAGCAGCAAUCCGUCACGAUGAAUGACAUGGAGGAAGAAAUUAAGAUGGAGAGAGAACAACUUCACAUCCAGGAGUCUAUGUGGGGUACAGAUGUGUCUCCAGAACACUGGGUCCAGUUGCACAGCCAUCUGCAGCGCAGCCAGUUAGAGAUCCAGCAAAGAGACUUUGGCCUCCAGCAACUCAACAUCAAGUUGCAACAGGCAAUUGAGGAAAAGACAGGGGUGUCUGCCCAGUUAAGCACUGUUUCCCAGAUGUUCAGAGACACACAGGAAACUGUUAGUGAGCUGCAGAACCGCUGCUAUUGGCUGGAAAGACAAUCACAAAUUCAGUAUUCAGCUGUACAGCAAGGUUCGGUCUCCACAGAAGUCCCACCAGGAGCCCCCCAGGAACGGGUCAGUGCCUUACACAUCCCAGAUGCAUCAGACAGCAGGGAUCUCAGGAUCAGGCUGACAGAGGCAGAGCUUCAUCUGUCUCAAUUAAACUCCAGAUUAGAGGAGGAAAGAUCCAGGAGAGAGGCUGCAGAGGAAGCUGUGCGCUUGACUAAACAGAGAGUUACAAGCAUGGAGUCAAACACAUCCUGGUCUUCUCAGAGGGACUUUAGCAUUGAGAUGGAAACAGAUGAGGAACAGUAUGAAGCUCUUAUUCUAGAUCCAAACCAGCACCUACUCAUGCGCAAGAUGAAGAGCGGGGUGCACUUAUGCCGCCGUUGGCUCAAAGGAAGGAGCACAUACUGUUCCAAACUGCUGACAUCGAGGGCGAAGUCACGCUACGUAUUCAUGGCAUACCUUCUUACACUUCAUGUGCUGGUUUUCAUGUGCCUCAGUGGUGCCCUCUAGAGGACAACCACCAUCAAAAUGACACAAAUUAAAUGCUUUCACCAUAAACUUUAGUCUGAGCAGUAUAAUGAGAAGCCCCUCAAUCUACACUGCAUCAUAAUGACGGUACAGGAACAUCUCAUCGGUUGCUCACUCAAAUGGUGUAAAGCAGAACGGUUUGCUGUAGUUUUCUGAAACACGCUGCAACCUUCAACUGAAUCUUAUCCCAGAACACACUCAUAUUUCAAGCAAAUAAAAUCCAACAUCAGCUUUUAGAAUCCUAGAAACCUUAUGUAUAUUCACAUACAUACACACUGUCAUUAGACGUUGAUUUCUACCUGCUGAAAUGGCUAUGCACUGAAAUCUUUAGUGAUUUAGUUUCUCAAGCAAUGAUGUUUUGCACAUUCUACACUCAAAUAAGCUGAAGAUACAUUUGAGUAUGUCAGUCUUGAUUGACUGCACUGGAAUAAAUAUGUGAGAUCAAAAGUAUAAUGUAUUUAAAGUUCUAUAUAUAUACAGAGAGAAUAUUUAGAGUAAUGUUUUGUUGGUACACUAAAUGCGCAGAUUUUUUCAUACCAGUUCAAAGGAAAGUACAAAUCGGUUUUAACUUAAAAAACAAACACUGGCAUUUGAGGGUUAAUUCACACAAAAAUAAAAACUCUGUAAUCAUUUGCUCACAACUGUGUUGUUCCAAACUCAAGUUACUCUCUUACGUUAAUGGAGAAAAAAAAAGAGAUGUUAGGGACUGAGAAAGCCUUAGUCAAUUAUGAAUAGUGAAUGAGGCUAUCAGUCCCUAACAUUCUGCUUAACAUCUCCUUUUGUGUUCCACAUUAAAAAGAAAGUCAAACAGUUUUGGAACAACAUGGGUAACUUGUUUUGGGUAAAUUGUCCUUUUGACACUACAUUUAGUUAUUGACUGAGUUUUGCAUGUUUUUGUUGCAUAUACUUAAUAGCAAAUACUCUGAUUUGUUUACAUGCUGAGCCACAAUGUAAACCGUGUACCUUGUUGUGCAUAAAUAUCUAUAAAUGGAGUAUUAUUCAUGAGGAAAAGAGUGAAUCUUUUUAAAUUAAACUACUGAG